GACCGUCAGAGACUCCUCAGAAACUCUUCAUCUCAGCGUAUCUCUCUCAGGGAUCAUCAUGUCAUCGAGCAUCACCUACAGGGGGCGCUACAGCGAGCCGGUGCCGACCUCUAACCUUGUGAACGAUGAUGAAGAUUUUCCAGAGUUCGAGGCGUUUGAAGACGAGGAUGCGACGCCUCGAGCACAUUAUUCUGCGAGUUCCCUGGAGGUCCUGCAGGUGGAGAUGUGUCAGAAAAUCAACAAACCCAACCACUUCACCUACUCUUACGACCUGCAGAACCUGGUUAUUCGGAGAGGACAAGAGUUCAUGAUCCGGGUCUCCUUCAACCGGAUCCCAGGACCCUCCGACGACUUCCAGAUCGAGUUCCUCAUCGGAGCGAACCCCACGCUGAUCAAAGGCUCUCUGGUGAAGGUGGUAUUCGGGCCCCGGGCGGGGGGGGGGGGCCGCUGGCAGGGGCAGGUGUUGGAGGCUCAGGGGGGUGGCGCCCUGAUGAUCGGCAUCACACCGGCUGCUGAUGCCAUCGUGGGGAAAUACAGGAUGUACGUAGCUGUCUCUCAUGGGUGGGGCAUGCAGAGGACCAGGAGGGACGCCACCACUGACCUGUACAUGCUGUUCAACGCCUGGUGUACAGAGGACGCAGUGUUCCUUUCCAACGAGGCGGAGCGGCAGGAGUACGUCCUCGCAGACUACGGGACCAUAUACCAGGGGUCUGUGGGGUCUGUGGGCCACAGGGACUGGGUCUACGGACAGUUUGAGCGGGGGGUGCUGGACGCCUGCAUCUUCCUGCUGGACUCGUCCCGGAUGCCCAUCUACAACCGGGGCGACUGCAUCAAGCUGGUGCGCAAAGGAUCCGCCAUGAUCAACUCCCAGGACGAUAGCGGGGUGUGUGUGGGGAACUGGAGCGAUGACUUCUCGAUGGGACGCUCCCCCACCUCGUGGACGGGCAGCGUGAGGAUCCUGCUGCAGUACGCUAACACCGGGACACCUGUUAGCUUCGCCCAGUGCUGGGUGUUCGCUGGGGUCUUCAACACCUUCCUGCGCGCAUUGGGCAUCCCCUCCAGAGUCGUCACCAACUUUAACUCUGCUCACGACAACACGGGGAACCUGAAGACGGACCUGAUCUUCAAGCAGGACGGAUCCCCGGACGAGCGCAACACCAGGGACUCCAUCUGGAACUACCACUGCUGGAACGAGGUCUUCAUGACCCGCCUAGACCUCCCCCCCGGCCUCGGAGGCUGGCAGGUGGUCGACUCCACGCCUCAGGAGACCAGCGACGGUCAUUAUCGCUGUGGUCCCGCUCCAGUAGCAGCCAUUAAAGAGGGUCUCCUCUGCCACCCUUACGACGUGGCCUUCUGCUUCGCUGAGGUGAACAGUGACGUGGUGUUCCAUAAGAGGGACAAGUACGGCUCUCUGACCCCCUACAGAGUGGAGAAGACCUACGUCGGGAGGAACAUCUGCACCAAGAGUGUGGGGAGCAGCAGACCCUAUGACAUCACACACACCUACAAGUACCCUGAAGGUUCUGCGAAGGACGAGCAGACGAUGACCCGGGCCGAGGAGUACGGUUGUGUGAGAGACCACUCUGACGUACCUGAGAUCCCUCUGGUUGUGACCAUCACCGCUGACCAGGUGUACCUGGGUGAGAACGUGGUUCUCCAGGUGGUGUUCCAGAACCAGGACGACGCCCCCAGAGUGAUCCAGGCUCAGCUGGCCGGAGCCAUCGUUUACUACACCGGAGUCAGAGCCCAUCGGCUGAGAGACCGCAGCUUCAGUGUCACCGUGCCGGCCAAUCAGAGUGUGACUGAGGUUGUCACGGUAGCGGCGGAGGAAUACAUCCCCUUCCUGGGCUCGCAGCUCGCCUUGUACUUCAUGGUGACUGGUCAGUCUGACGGCCAAUCAGUGACCACCAUGAAGCUGGUGAACCUGAAGACCCCCGAACUCACUCUGAUGGUGAGCGGGGCUCCUCAGGUGAAUCAGGAGAUGUUCGUCACCGUCUCGUUCACAAACUCCUUCAAUUUCCCUCUGAGGAACGUCCAGCUGAGCAUGGAGGGACCAGGACUGAUGAGCAGCCGCUCCAGACACUACAGCUCCAUUGAACCGGGGGCAGUGAUCACCUGGAAGGAUUCCUUCUUUCCUCGUCUGGCGGGACCAAGAGCGCUGGUGGCUGUGAUGGACUGCAGCAACCUCCGUCAGAUUUGGGGCGUGACUCAUUUCGUCAUCGGCGCCUGAGAUGAUUGGUCCACAGAGAUGUGACCCCGCCCCUAUUCACGCCUCCACCAAUCACAGCAGCUUUAAACCGAGUGGGCGGAGCUUCCUGCAGCUCAGAUGAUUUAAUUUCUGCUUUAAUUUCAUUGAAAUGACAGAUUCCUGCCGAUAGAGGGAGAUAGAGGGAGAUAGAGGG